CAUGAGCAAGAAAGAGGAAAGGUGUAACAGUGACUCAAAUGGCGAUGCAGGUGUCGCCGAGAUGCUGAAGCUGCAAAUAAGCGGGAAGGCGAUCUUGUCAAGCAUUCGCUGUCGGAGAGAGAUGUCGACUUCUUCCUCCUACGUCUUUGGGCCUUACAAGAUCGAUCCGCGUGAAGUGUUCUACGCAACCCCUUUUUCUUAUGCCAUGGUUAAUCUCCGCCCGCUUCUUCCUGGUCAUGUUCUUGUCUGCCCAAGACGCCUUGUGCCGCGCUUUACUGAUCUCACAGCUGAUGAGACGAGCGAUCUGUGGCUUACUGCUCAGAAGGUUGGCUCUCGGAUUGAGACAUUCCAUAAAGCAUCUUCUCUCACAUUAGCCAUCCAAGAUGGCCCUCAGGCGGGACAGAGUGUUCCCCAUGUACACAUUCACGUGUUGCCUCGUAAAGGUGGUGACUUUGAGAAGAAUGAUGAAAUCUAUGAUGCGAUUGAUGAGAAGGAGAAGGAACUGAAGCAGAAGCUUGAUCUAGAUAAAGACCGGGUUGAUAGGAGCCUUGAUGAGAUGGCUGACGAGGCUUCCCAAUACAGGGCUCUCUUCGAUCACUAGUUAUCAAAUAACAAACCAAAGCUAUCCAGAAGCUUUUAUGCCUUUAAUAAAAUCAUUGUGACAGCGAACCUCAGGUUGAGGUUGAUGUUUGAGACUUCGAUUCAAAGUUGUAUGACACCAAAUCUUGGCAUUAACUAAUCGUUUCAGUGUUGGUUUGGAUAAAU